CAAAGUGAAUCAGCUUUAAUACCAGCGGUUUGCCCACAUAGCUUGCCAAGGUCAAACCCGUUCUCUUACGUUUGAUUCUUUGUUCGUUUUUUUUUUUGUGCUCAUGUCAUAUUUCUCAGCUAACGAUGUAACUGUUACAACGCUUCGGCAUCCUCCAAAAUGGUUCGCACCUCACCGUUCGAACAACUCAUUGUUCGCAUCACUUAUUACUUCCACAUGAACGAGACAGAUACACCUGAUGCCUUGCUACAACAAGUGCCGCUCAUUCGGAACCCAGCUUUCCAGCCUCCAAGACCAAUCACGCUAAAUACUGACUACGCUAAAUUAUUAGCAACCAUUCCUGGAAGUGUCAUGCCUCCAAAAGCAGCAAUAUCCCGUGAAGAACUACAAGCUUGGACUACUGAUUUAGAGGCCGUAGAAAGAAAUGAUUUGAACAUGGAAGCGCGAGAUAAAGAUAUUGCGGUAUACAAAGAGUGGCUUGUAAAAGUUCAGAGGAAAGUGGCACCUGGAUUCGACUACGAGAUAAUGACACCCACCAAGAAUGGUGAUCAGGAAUGAGGGGCAUUCUCUGCCUUGAAUUGUUAGUUCAAAGGAGAUUUGCCAUUUUGCUUUUUCACAAAGCUAGACUAGCUUCUCCAAAAGACGAACUUGCUGGACAAGCAUAAUCUUAAUUUGAGUCUAGAAUAUCAUCGAUCCCUGGAGUGAUAUGGGCCAGUCCCUAGAACGACGCAUGUGAUGUGAGCACAUCAGGCGUAGAGUACAGCAAAGGUGGUGCUGGA